AUGGACGCCCUUGUUGAGCAGUACGCGAGUGGUCUGGAAGAGGCCAUUCUGGCAUUCGCUGGCAGGCUCGAUCCUAAUGAAAUGGCGGAGAGUCUGUACUACGAAAAUUCUGAUCUCACAGCCGCACUGGAUGCCGUGUUCAGCACACUAGACAUAGACACUCUUACGGUGGACAAGAUCUUACUGUUCAAUGGGAUCUUCACCAAAAGUCUUUUGCAAGUGGAGGAGUCAGAGGGGGGAGGCCCUAAAGAACCAGCGCUGUUUCUGGCACAGACACUUCUCCUUCUAGAUUCCUCAAUCUACCUGUCAUUUGUGAAGUACUCUGGCCUGAACCCCGUGCCCAUGCAGACCCUGAACUCGAUCAUGCUGCUGAGUCCUACCGAUUUCGUUGUGGAUACGUUUGGCCCGGUUUUUUUCUCGCACGGGUCCGUCGACAGACGGCUCAAACUGACUCUCCAUAAUACGUUAGUUGGCAAGGCUAAGCCAGGCUCAACGCUGCUGCAGAUCGGCAACGUUCUGCUCCCGAGACUGCUUGGACAACUGGAGUCACACGAUAUAUUUGCUGCCCAGCUUAUGGUCUUUAUCACCAACGCCUUUGACAUCAACGACAAAUUGCUGCUGACUAGCGACUGGAAGCUGAACGACUUUAAUAAAACAUACCUAGAGUUCUCCAAGUCGCGCAAGUGGCCGUCGAACGCCAACAGGAACCCGGCUCGUCGCACAAACGAUGCCUUUCAGGAGUACAUGGUUCUGGCGUUGUAUUUCACUACAGACUUCAAGAGACUAGUGGAAGAGCUCAACGCUCACAGAGGAGGCAGGUAUUCCAAGACAGGGCUGCCGCUGAUAGACAACUGCAAAAAACUCGUCAAGACUAUCAAGGAAAUGGACGCGCAGGAGCCUGCUCCGAAGCUCGGGAGCAUGCACGAGCUGACAGCAGAGGAACACAGCCAGCUGGUGGACAGUUUUGCGGCAAAGGAGUACGAAUGCGACUGGCUGCUGAACGCUGAUGAGUUUGGUGUCCAGCUCAGACAGCCCAGCCGGCGCUGGGCGGUGAUAUUCCAGAUCUACGUGAUGGUCUCGUUCAUCUACGACCUCACAGACGCCAAAUGGACGAAAGUGCUUGGCGACAUCAAUGCCAAGUAUAAGAAGUUUCGCAAGCCGGAGUUUGACGCGAUGCUGGCCAACGACAGCGUCAAGAGCCAGUUGGUCGAGGUGCUCACGGAGAUAGAGCGACACUACGCGAGCUACUUCCCUGCGUUCCACCGCAUUUUGAAACAUGUUGUCGACAACACGGAGAUCAGAUGGAGGGCACUGAAACUUAAGCAGUUCAACCAUGAAAAUCUGGCGGAUCUGGAAGCGCUUUCGAACAACAAGAAGCGCAAAUUGGACGAACACCUCGACAAGGAGCCGGAGAUAAAGGCACCGUACACAUACAAGCUGGGAACGGCAAAAUUGUCGCAGAUAUGGAGUGUCAAGACGGGUCUGACCGAGAUUGAGCGGAAACUGGCGGACCCGCAGGAGCUGCUGGAGAACUACAAGGACGAGCUGUAUUUCGUAGAGGGCAGCCUGCAGAGCGGCGAGAAGAGCGAGGAGCUGCUGGAGAAGCAGGAGCUUCUCACGUGGAAGAAACAACGGCUCGAACGCGGGCUUGGGGGGUGGUUGAGUUUGUAG